AUGAAGAACUCAUCAGUAUCUGAAGAAGAGAUUGAUCUUACUCUCUCACUAGGUUAUGGUUCAGAGUGGACAAUGAAGAACUCAACCCUAUGGGAAGAAGAGAUUGAUCUUACUCUCUCAAUAGGUUAUGGUAGUGGAAGGAGAACUUCCAUCCCUCUCGCAAUUGACCCUUCUCAAACUAACUCUAAUCUUAACCCUGACAUCGCAUCAUCCUCAAUCAACAAUAAUAACCCUUCGUUGGUUUCAUCUUCCAACGAUAAUAGCAACCCUCCAAAUGCGGCUAUUAAAAUCGAGGAAUAUGUUUCCCCCGGUGCACCCUCUAGACGUCCCUCUCGUCGUGCGUCAUCUAAUCGGCGGAGAGGAGAGGAAAAAACUAUCCCUCCGCCGUUCCCUUGGGCCACAAAUGAACAAGCCACCAUCCACAGCGAGCAAUAUCUCUUGGAGAACAAUAUUUGCACCAUCACAGGGAAGGUUCACUGCAAGAAAUGCGAGCAGGAGUUCCAGUUGAGUCUGGAUUUGGAAGAGAAAGCGGCUGACUUACGCGAGUUCAUUCACAGAAGAAAAGGUGGAAUGCAUGAUAGAGCGCCAUCGGCAUGGAUGAAACCAGUGUUCCCAAAAUGCCUUAUUUGCGGACGAGAAAACAGCACCAGACCUGUCCUUGCGAAAGACAAAAAGGAGAUUAAUUGGUUGUUCUUAUUGCUGGGCCAAAUGCUGGGUUGCUGCACUCUUGAUGAUCUCAAACAUUUUUGCAAGCACAACAACAGGCAUCGAACUGGUGCCAAAGAUCGUCUUCUAUAUCUUACUUAUAUGACCCUCGCCAAACAGCUCCAACCCGAGUGGUUUGAUUCUUGA